AUGGAGACUGACACGGAUUUUAAAAACCUUAGAAUUCCUAUUGCGUAUCCAAACAAAGAUUAUCCGACGACAAUGGAUCGGGUGGAGGUUGAAUACGCAGACGAUAUGUAUAAAGUAACGCUGGUACCAUUUGAUUGCGGAUACGACUACAAGUUAUUAACAAUUGCUGGGAGUACAAUAACUGGGACAGAUUCUGCCGAUUCUGACACCGUCACAUCAACCCUUGGUGGCGGGAAAAUGGUGACAACAAGGAUAACGUCUGGUCAAAAACCUCUCAAAGGAAAGCUCAAAUUCACCUACAAUGGAAUGGAAAGCAAUGAUAUUGAAGUAUUCAAUUCAACCGCUGGUAAACUUGAGAAAGAAUUAGAACUUUUCCAAGACAUUGGAUCUUUGACAGUAACACAGACAAAAGAAUCUACAUGUGCCAAUCAGCAAUAUAAUGUUCAGUUUGAUAGUUCUCCGGGUAACAGACCAGAAUUACAGAUAACCAGUCAACUGACUUGGCCAGAAGCCGGUGCUAAAGCUGAAAUCAUUACUCUAAGAGACGGGUUUCUUUCUUAUGACCCGAUUGGUGGUGAUAUUGCUUUAUCAUGUUUCAGUGAGCCACAGGUUCGUGUAUAUAUCAAUGGUAUUCCAACAAAAUGUGAGCUGACAGGUCAUAAUUGUACAGUCACCUGGUCGACGGAUGCAACACCAACAGUUACCCAGCUUAGCAUCACAGAAGGAAAUGAAGGCGAUACAUUGGAAAUAUCAGGAACUUUGUUCAGUACUACGAGUACUAAUAAUAUAGUGACAAUAGGUGGCGUUCCAUGUGAAGUGACUUUUUCAUCUGAAACAAAGAUAAAAUGCACUGUUGGAAGAGGGCAGCUAAAUACUUAUCCUGUAAAAGUAACGGUUGCUGGAAAAGGUAUAGCCUCCGGGAAUAAAAAUUUCACGUAUACAACUGACAUGACUGACAUCACGCCAGAAUGGAGUACUCUUGGGGGCUAUGUAAAUCUCACUGUCAUCGGAAAGGGAUUUUCAGAUGAUACUGUUGUGAUGAUUGGAACAGAAGAGUGUAUUAAAACAGAUAUUAGAAUACCCGUGGAAAUAAACUGCCAAGUCCCGCCUUAUACAGAUCUUAGUGUAACAAGCAAUCAGACAGUGAUCGUCUCUGCAACUACGAAGGGUGUUCAGACGACAUCAACUUUUACAUUUACCUAUGCUUACACCAGUGCUGAGAUUUCCGAUAUAUUAAUCAGCGCUGGCGAAGGACAAAGACGAAAAAGAUCUACAGCCGCUAAACUCACCGUCCAGGGUAGGUUCUUCAAAGGUUUAUUCUUUCAAGCAUUUCCGGAAAAAGAAAACAGUUACUUCAACGUUAAAUUCCUUACUUGGAAUAAGGAGGUCAAAUUGUUACAAUCACUGGUAAUGGGAUGGGCAACACAGGAGAUGUUUUUAUUGGAAAGACUAAACUGGAAAUUAUAUUUCGAAAUGAUACAAAAUAGCAUCCCUACGGUUGAUGUUAUACUUACAGUUUCUAAGAUUUACCCAACUGCUGGUUCUAAAUUCGGCGGAACGCCAUUGACUAUUAUUGGGGAAGGAUUUGGAAGUAUUAAAGCAGAUGCAGUUGUAUCUGUUGGCGACUACAAAUGUAUUGUGGACAGUGUGACGGACAAUCAAAUUAAGUGCGAUAUUGAAUCUACAGUCAAAACACAUUAUGUCUUUAAUAAUGGUACAACGGGAGAGCAAUACCCGUACUCAUUCGACAAGUUAGUUGUAAAAGUGCAACAGGGGGAUGCUGUCCAAUGGCAAUGGACAACACCGAGUUGGUUAGUAGACGUCAAGCACGGAAUUGCCGAGACCGAAACCCUGGACUCCGUGGAAGAUAAGAAAGGAGGGAUCUCUAGUGGUGAAAAAACACAACAAGGACAAUUCAUCCAGACAUUCACUGAACUUCGAGACCAUUAUUUCUGGACAUAUGUGGAUUACAAUAGAAAAUUCUAUCGAAUGACUGUCAAGGUUGAACCUCGGUCAGCGGAAACAAAGUCCGUAUCAGUGUUUGUUGCUGGACAAGAGGCUUUCUAUAAUGUCAGUUCAGGACAAGACGAUCCUACUAGCACUUCCGGCUGCAGUCUAGCCAUCGCUGAUAUAGUGGGUUGUGACACUGAAACAGCAAGUGUUCCUGAUUCUUCGAAAUUCAGUUUUCGUUUUUCAUGCCUCAAAACACCUAUUGUUAAUGCCAUAACUUUCCAGAAAGCUGAUAACGUUCUUGAAAAUUCUGCUCUUAUGACGACACCUAUAACAUUCUCCGGGAAGGGGUUUGCCUCCAGUGAUUGUGCUAACCAAGCGAAAAUUGGGGAUUGCGCCUGUAACGUAGAUACAUCAACUUCCACAUCAUUCGUGUGUACCCCGAUAGCCAGUUGUGAAUAUGAUACUAGAGUCUACCAAGCAUUGUCACUGAGGGUUAAUCAGUAUGGAUACGCACUUGUGAAUAUUGAGAAAACGAUCGAUCGAUCCGUAGCAUUCUUGCCUUUGAUAACAGGUUUUACCCCCAAAUCCGGCUCGGCAAAGGGUGGAACUACUGUCACAAUAUCGGGAAAGGCAUUUACUAAUGACGCAACUAAAGUCCAAGUCUCUUUUGACGGAACAGAUGCAGACUGCAGUGAUGUUGAAAAGUCAAAACUUGUUUGUACAACACCAUAUAAAUCGUCGACUGGCUCUGCGCCUAUUGCCGUGAGGAUUGAUGGAGUCUCGGCCGUGUGUGACUCUAACAUCCAAUGCAACUUUAAUUACAAUGCCUCUAUAACACCAACUGUAUCAUCGGUAACACCAACCGCAGUAUCGGCAAAAACUAGUCUUACGUUUACCGGUGAGGAACUCGGAACAGAUUCCAGUAAAUUAUCAGUCACAGUUGGCGGCGAGAACUGUUACGGCAUCAAUAUAGUAACCGAUGAAACAAGUGUCAGCUGUUAUGUAGAUGCGAUUCCUGCCGGUAAAAAUGCUGUUAAACUUACAGUUUCUGGUGUCGGAGACGCUUCAACUGAUGUGGAAGUAACUGGCGACGCAUCUGCGUCAGUAUCUCCGAGUACUGGAAGUAUAUAUGGACACACAGAACUGACUUUAACAGGCCAUGGCUUUGUUGAAGGCCUAAGCAUUCAAGUAAAUGGUGUGGAUAUUUGUGAGAAAACAGACGUUCAAAGUUUGACCACUGCUACAUGUGUGACAAAAGCCCAUGGUGGUGCAGGAGCGGUCACAAUUAUUGUAACAAGUAAUGGAGUUGCUUACGAUGCUGUUGAUUUUGAAUUUUCUGCUGCCAGCUCUCCAACUAUCGAUUCUAUUAAUCCAACAAGCGGAGCGGUUGACACAACUGUAACUAUCAGUGGAAAUCACUUUGGAACAAAUGGCGCUGAUAUUAAAGUAUACAUUGGUGAUGCAGAAUGCAUAGACGUUAGCUUAUCAGAAGGCGACAUAACUUGCACAACGGGUGCUCAGUCGAGUGGUACCUAUGACACCGUAGUUCAGGUGACUGGUAAAGGAAGAUCUAACACUACCACCUUUACAUACGAGGUUACGGUAACAUCAUUUAACCCUCUGACAGGGGAUUCGGGCGGAAACCAGUUGUUAACGUUAAAUGGAAAUGGAUUCACUGCGUCCAUGAAGGUUACAGUGUGUGAUAAUGUCUGCAGCUUUCACAAAUUAUUGUCAUCCAGCCAAUAUUUGUGUGUGACACCAAAAGGCACAGCUGGACAAUGUAAGGUUAAAGUGACAGAAGGAAGUGCUAGCCCCGUAGAAGCGCCCACAGAUUACAUCUAUGUUAAUAAUGCAUCACCAUCGGUGACAGGUAUUGAUCCAUCCGGCGGAGGCACUGGAGGAAAUACAGACAUGACUAUAACAGGAGAACGAUUUAGUGAUACUAAAUCGGAAGUGUCAGUGGAAGUUGACGGUGUAGCUUGUGAAGUGACGUCAUCGACACUAACGCAGAUCGUUUGCAGUACAGGAGCACACAAUGGAACUAAACUCUCCGAAGUCGUUGUGCUUGUAAAUAACCUUCGAGCAACUGCUGCUACUGAUAAUAUACUCCGAUUUCUUUAUGCGGAUGUUUGGAACUCCACUUUUACAUGGGGUGGUGGACCGGUUCCGGCCGAAGGUGAAAUGGUAGUCAUUCCUGAGGGACAGAGCAUUCUUCUUGAUACUGAUACAAACAUCUUGGAAAUGUUGUUGAUACAAGGUAAAGCCCUUAAUUUUCAUUUCUGA